UCAAAUAUUUCCUAUAUAUGCCAAAAUUUGAAUGUUUUUGAAUUCGAUAGCCAAAAAAAUAGUCCAAAUAUAACGUCUUAAGAUGUUAUAUCACUCUUAUGCUAAAUUAAAUUCAAAAUUUCUACACGUUAUUAAGGGUUUUAACCUACUUAAAGAAUGUUUUAAAAUUAUAAAAAAUAUUUCGAGUGCACAUAUGUAAUCAAAAAGUCUCGGAGAGGGCGGAGAAUAAUGGGUGGAGAGGGAGCUUUUCGGCACUUUUAUUUUUGCCGGCGAGACGCCCCCACAAAACUCGUAAACAAGCAUCCACAGUCGAGGGGUAAAUACGAACAGCUGUUCUCGGGUCUCCAAAGUAAGUGAGAGAAUAGCAACAAAUUACGGGCGGCAGCAAAUAAAAUAAACUGAAAGGGGCUCGUCUUUCCUAAUCAUAAUCAUAAUAAGCUGGCGAGCUUAAGUGGCACGAACUAUGAUAUUUCGCUAUAUUUAAAGUGGUUUAUAAAGUCAAAUAGCAAGCGGGCUUUACUUUCACUGAUCUGGUCUAUAUAACCUAUUAAACCUGUAUUUCGGUCGCGCAAGCAAACACACUCAUAAAUAGUAAAUUUAAAUAUACCCCUAUAUAUGUGCAAAAAACUGACUGCCAGCGCAGCAUAUCGAACAUGUGGGAUACUGAAUUCAGUUCUAAAUCGGCUUUCGAAGCGAACGGACGUUGUGCGGAAAGUUGUGAAGAGAAGUACCGGGAAAAUCAUGGCCACAGAUAAUUUGACAGCGGUUCUCCACGGCAUCGAGGACCUGCGACUGGAGCAACGCCCCGUUCCGGAAAUCGCCGACGAUGAGGUCCUCCUGGCGAUGGAUAGUGUGGGCAUCUGCGGCUCGGACGUACACUACCUGGCCCACGGACGCAUCGGUGACUUUGUGCUGACCAAGCCCAUGAUCAUUGGCCACGAAGCCGCCGGAGUGGUGGCCAAGCUGGGCAAGAAGGUGACCAACCUGAAGGUGGGCGACCGGGUGGCCAUCGAGCCGGGCGUGCCCUGCCGCUACUGCGACCACUGCAAGCAGGGCCAGUACAACCUCUGCCCGGGAAUGGUCUUCUGCGCCACGCCCCCCUACGAUGGCAACCUGACGAGGUACUACAAACACGCCGCCGACUUCUGCUUCAAGCUGCCCGACCACGUCAGCAUGGAGGAGGGCGCCCUCCUGGAGCCCCUGUCCGUGGGAGUCCAUGCCUGCCGUCGCGCUGGAGUUGGUCUGGGCUCCAAGAUGCUCAUCCUGGGCGCCGGUCCAAUUGGUUUGGUCACGCUGCUGGCCGCCCAAGCCAUGGGCGCCUCGGAGAUCCUCAUCACCGACUUGGUGCAGCACCGCUUGGAUGUGGCCAAGGAGCUGGGCGCCACGCACACGCUGCUCCUGCAGCGGGACCAGUCCGCCGAGGAGACCGUCAAGGUGGUCCACCAGACGAUGAGCGAGGUGCCUGCCAAGGCCAUCGACUGCUGUGGAGCCGAGAGCAGUGCCCGCCUGGCCAUUUUCGCCACUCGCUCCGGCGGCGUGGUGGUGGUCGUGGGCAUGGGUGCUCCAGAGGUCAAGCUGCCGCUGAUCAACGCUUUGGCCCGCGAGAUCGACAUCCGUGGCGUGUUCCGCUACUGCAAUGACUAUGCCGCCGCUCUGGCUUUGGUGGCUUCGGGCAAGGUGAACGUGAAGCGUCUAGUGACGCACCACUUCGACAUCUCGGAGACGGCCGAGGCGUUCGAGACCUCCCGCUGCGGCAAGGGCGGUGCUAUCAAGGUCAUGAUCCAUGUCCAGCCGAGGGACGCCAACAACCCAGUGAAGUUCUAAAUAUACACUCUUAUCUUUAAACCGAA